AUGGAAAACAAUUAUCCAAUCAGCAUCUCUGAGAUAGCCAGGACUCUCAAAGACAGAGAGGCUUUCCUUCUCAAGUACAGCAAGUGUCUAUACGCCCGUGUGAUAUAUGAAGACAUCUUGACUCUCCUGCAUGAAAUACUCGUUAAAAAGGUUUCUGUCGGCUGUGCCGUUAAAAUACUGAAUGUUUACUACGUAGUUCUCCACGAGCCCAAACAAAUCACAGUGCGUGAGAUGUUCUACAGAUGCAAAAAGAUAUUCUCUCAUCAAAAGCAUCUAGUGGCAACAAUACAGAAUGUAUACGCCCGGCUAAAAACAGAGCUAAACAUAGUCGCAUCGUACAAAGGCCUCGUCCAUGGAGAGUGCGCAAUAAAAAGAGAAAAGACAAAAAUAGUUCUUGCAGAAACUUCACUAAUUCCGUACAUUAGGCCAUUUGACAGACUAGUGACCAGUGCAAAAAUCAUCAUUGUGGUGGAAAAAGAAGCUGUCUUUAACGAUGUUCUGCAAGACAAGACCAAAAUAGAAGAAAAGCUCGGUGCAUCUGUGCUUAUAGUAACGGGAAAAGGGUAUCCGUGCACAAACACUCUUCUAUUUCUUAUGCUGGCAGGUGACCUCAGAAUAUUCGGGCUUUUUGACUGUGAUCCGCACGGUCUGAGCAUAUACACUGUGUACAAAUACGGAAGUAGGCACAGGCCGUACCUAAAAGUGCCCAGCAUUCAAAGAAUUGGAGUGUUUUUGCAGGACCUGCCAUCACUAGCAGAUCUGGCGAGCAUUCAGCAGAAAAAAGAGUACAGCAUGAUAAGAAAUCUGUCUGUGCAACACAAAGAGAUGGAAGAAGAGAUCAGGACCAUGAUGAGAACAGGAAAAAAGGCAUCAAUAGAGGACAUUGCGCAGAUAAAAACGAUAAAAGCAUACGUAGUAGACCAGAUCUUCUCGGAAUAUCCUUCAUUAAACUGGUGA